AUGAGGAACAACCCAGACUUGCUCAACCCGGCGGCUGCUCUGCCAAUAAUGUCCCGAGUGCCUUUCAUUGAGAGGGAAGUGAUCAUCUCUGUUCGUUAUCAAUUAAGAGAUUACAUCUACUCUCCUGCAGCAUACGGUACCAGCCGUACUGGCGUCAACGAGGCCUGGCAGAAGCGUCACCACCUUAAUUUUCACUUCGUCUUCUACGAGGGCCUCAAGGCCGACAUUAUGGCCAAGCAAGAGAAGCUGAACGAGUUGUUGAGCACAAACCUCAGCCAGAAGCAACUCCUUAAUUAUUCACAAAUUCUUAUUGAGGUGAAUGAUGAAGUAAUAUUGUUGAUUCCUGUGCCAGGUGAGCUGUCACAAGUACUGGCAGAACUACACCUGGAGAAUAGUCACAUAACACCCAUGCUGGAGAAUAUUUUCCAGUGCACAGAAGAAAGAAUCCAGGAGAAAAUAAACUCUCGGAGAAGCCACAGGAUGAAAUUCCUCAUAAAACAUAAGCCAUCUUCAGCCAACACAUCAUCAUCACCUCCUCUGGUUCAGUUCGGCUCUUACUACACCAACUGCAACACCAGCUACAGCACCAGCUACAGCACCAGUUACAGCACUAGUUACAACACCAGUUACUACACCAGCUACAACACCAGCUAUAACACCAGUUACAACACCAGCUACAGCACCAGUUAUAACACCAGCUACAACAGUUACAACACCAGUUUCAACACCAGCUACAACACCAGCUACAACACCAGUUACAACACCAGUUUCAACACCAGCUACAGCACCAGCUACAACACCAGCUAUAACACCAGCAACAGCACCAGCUACAACACCAGCUACAACACCGGCUACAACACCAGUUAUAACACCAGUUACACAACAUUACAACAUCAGUUACAACACCAGCUACAACACCAGCUACAGCACCAGCUACAGCACCAGCUACAACACGCUACAACACCUGCUACAGCACCAGUUACAACACCAGCUACAACACCAGCCACCUCACCAGCUACAGCACCACCUAUAACACCAGCUACAGCACCAGCUACAACACCAGCUACAACACCAGCUAUAACACCAGUUACAACACCAGCUACAGCACCGGUUACAACACCAGCUACAACACCAGUUACAACACCGGUUUCACACCAGCUCAACACCAGCUACAACACCAGCUACAACACCAGCUACAGCACCAGCUACAGCACCAGCUACAACACCUGCUACAACACCUGCUACAGCACCAGUUACAACACCAACUACAACACCAGCCACCUCACCAGCUACAGAACCACCUAUAACACCAGUUACAGCACCAGCUACAACACCAGCUACAACACCAGCUACAACACCAGUUAUAACACCAGUUACAACACCAGCUACAACACCAGCUACAACACCAGUUACAACACCAGCUACUAUAACACCAGUUACAACACCAGUAACAACACCAGCUGCAACACUAGUUUCAACAUUAGUUACAACACCAGUUACAAGUUACAGCACCAUACAAAACCAGCUUCUAUAACACCAGUUACAACAUCAGUUGCAACGCCAGCUACAACACCAGCUACUAUAACACCAGUUACAACAGCAGUUACAACACCAGCUACAACACUAGUCACUACACCAGCUACGACACGAAUUGCAACAUCAGCUACAACACUAGUUACAACACCAGCUACCAUAACACCACCUACAACACCAGUUACAAUACCAGCUACAACAUAA